AUGCCAUCCACUCCAUUUCCUGAAAAUUCUGUUAACUGGGAAGUGUAUCUCGAUUCAGAUACCGAUGUAUCCCAAUCUAAGAAUGACAAUAAUUCAACCAGUGUGUUCGAAAAUUUAGUUUCAGAAAACCGCGAUAUAGAACAAUUUACAAUGCCAGUAUCUGAAACAGAAAAUUCUUUUGUUCCGAAAAAUUCUUUUAAUCUCCGCGAAAUUCCACUCGAAGCUGAUGGUGGCUUUAACUUAAUAUCCAACGACUUUUUUCCUAUUGAAUUGAUCGAAAAUAUGCCAACCAUUGAUAAUAGAUUUAGUGAAAAAUUUGAAAUUAUUGAUGCAAAUUCACAAUUUAGCUUCAAUAAUAAUUCUUUCGAAUUCUUCGAAGCUUUUAUUUUCGGUGAAUCAAUUAAUACAACAGUUACAUUUCAACCAGAACAAGAAGCAUUAAUUUUCGAUCAAGAUAGUUUUUUGUUCGAGCAGCAAGAACCAUUAAUAUAUGACCCGGAAAUAGAAUAA